UAUAAAAGGGAAGGCAUGGCAUUCCUUGGAGCUGCAGCCCGGAGGCGAGGGUGGGCUUUGUUCAUGCAUUGGCUAGCUGCUCCCUCAUCUCUCCCGUAGAUAUAUAGAGCGUCCGACUUUUCUUCAGUUCUUCACUGAUAUAGAGAUAGCUUCAAUCCUUUUUCGUUUGAUUUCCUUCUUGUUCUUCAUCCCUUCUCGAUCUACAACCACCGAUCGAUCCUAGCAUCCUUCUUGUUUUUUCCCCAACAAGGAUCUAGCUAGUUCUUGCAGAUUUCAUGCAGAACUAAUACAAGUUCUUCCAUCUUCAUUUCUGCUUUCGUUCUAUCGUCCCAACAAGACUUGCUAGCUCUUGAUUUCUUUGGAGAGAAAAAAGAGCUCACGUACGUAACCACAUACCUACUCCGAUAUUCUUCCCCUCCUACCUAGCUAGCCAGAAGACAUGGAACACGUUCUGCUGGAUCGAUCUUCCGGAAGCUUCGAGCACCGGAAGAGGAACGUCUAUGGCGGCUCGAGGCCGGCGAGGCCUCACGGCGCCUACGGCUCCAGCCGUACUUGCCCGCAGUACCACCACUUCCAGCAAGGUGGCGCAUGGAGCUCCGCCCCCGCUCCCCUGCUCCCAUACGCGAGGCCUGUGAUAUACAAGUCCCCGUCUCUCCCACUCCCGCCGUCCAACCAGCCACCGCUCCUGCCGCUCCCACCCACCGCCACCAAGUACGCCCCUUUCCCCUACCCGCCACCGCCCGCACCACCGCGCACCGUGAGGCCGGCGGCACCGGUGACCGUCGUGCCAGCAGCAGCGGCUCGCGCUGCUUCGUCCCGCCAACAGAUCAGCCAGAGUGACAAGAGAAGGAGGCCAGCAAAGCCACCGGCGACGGAGCCGGCGAGGGUUCAGAAGAAGAAGAAGCCGCUGGAGCGGGCGACGCCGCUGCCGUCCGCGACGGUGGUGACCGAGGCGCUGGACGACCUCGAGCAGGAGGUGGCUCGGAGCUUCGUCCAGGACCUGCUCCACGCGCUCGCGCCGCCGCCAAGCAGCCUGCCGCUGCCCAGGUUCUCCAUCGUCGUGAAGGCGGCGGCGUCCUCCGUCAAGGUGGCGCCGGCCGCCCCCUCCUGCAACGCGGAGGCAUCCAGCGCCGACGGCCUCCGCCGCCUCCUCCGGCUCUAGCAUCAUGAAAAUCACCCUGCCGCGCCGUGCACGGCGUACAUACGUGUAAGUUGUAACGUGUUAGCGGUGUGCUGAUACCACAACUUCUCUGCUAUAAUUUCCCUCCAAUACUAUUAUUUCUUGGCUGGGAAAAUACGUACUACCAAAAGUAGAGAAGAAAUGUAUUACGUACUACUACUAGUAGAAGACAGAAAAGAAGAGUUGUGUGAUGCUAGAGGAAUGGUCGGUGGCGUGAUCAUGAUGUGGGCGUUGGACGGACGCGGUGCACAAGGGGGAGCCGUACGUCGAGGUGGAGAAGAAGAAGAUGGUUAAUUAAGCUUUGUGUGGUAGAAAUCUAGGGUUUACGUUAAGUCUGUGCCUGCGUGCCGUGCCUAUGGCUAUAGUAGUAUUGUUCUCGUUCUUGACUGGGUAUGAGUUUUUUGAAUUACCUUGUAUCAAGAAAUUAAUUAGUACUCGUACUAUGUAUGGCGAUGUACAAGUGACUUUUAAUU